AUGGCCCUCCAAAAAUAUCUGGCUCUGUUCAUCAGACUUUCGCAAAGCAUCAUGCAGCUAUCGGCCGGUGUCAAGGCCUUGUGGGCCUGCCUGGCUGAUUUCCACAAGCGAGAAAGAUCGACGAGAGACAAGCAUGAGAGCAUGGAGACUCUGCAUCAACGGACGUUAGUGAGCGAUUUGCCUGCAGAACAUUGGCAGAAUGCAUUGAAAUCUAAGAGGCGUCAGAACAAACAUGUUCAAGAUUUGAUAAAAAUCGAGAACGACGGCUCUUUCACUCUCCCUCUUCUCAACUCAAAUGACCCCCUUGAUUCUCCCACCAGAAAUUUUCUCAUUGAUCUGUACCUCUCCCCUGCCACCCACUCUGACAUCCUCGUCCUCUGCCAUAUCUCCCGGUCUUUCCACACCGAGGCCGAACUACCUCUAUCAACCUCCCAAUCCCUUCCAGACGCGCUCUUAACUCAUGGCACACCUUUCUCGCCCGCCGCCCGCAUUCAAACCCUUUCCCUCACCAUGCCCUCCUAA